AUGGCACCAAAGAAGAUUGAACCAAAGAAACCUGAGCCCAAAAAGCCAGAGCCUAAGAAAGAUGCGUCUCCGGCCGCUAAGCCGGCUUCAACUCUACAGCCACUGCCUGAGCUGCCCAAGGAGCCUGCAUUCGAUCCCAAGAGCAUCACUCUUGAGUUCAGUGCCGACCAGAUCGAGGAGUUCAAGGAGGCUUUCACCUUGUUCGACCGCACACCAACUGGAGAAAUGAAGAUCACAUAUGGCCAGUGCGGAGACGUGAUGCGAGCUCUGGGCCAGAACCCGACCAAUGCAGAUGUGCUCAAAGUGCUCGGCAAACCGCGGCCAGAGGACAUGAGCACUAAAAUGGUGGAUUUUGAGACCUUCCUGCCAAUGCUGCAACAUAUCUCCCGUGCUAAAGAUCAAGGCAACUUUGAGGAUUUUGUGGAGGGGCUCAGGGUUUUUGACAAGGAAGGCAAUGGCACCAUCAUGGGAGCGGAGCUGCGCCAUGUGCUGGCGACACUGGGAGAGAGGAUGACAGAAGACGAGGUGGACAGACUGAUGUCCGGUCAGGAGGAUACCAGUGGGUGUAUCAACUAUGCUUCCUUUGUAAAGCAUAUUCUCUCCGGGUGA